AUGGAAGCCGCCGCCAAAAGGUUCUUCUCUUCGCAAUACUUUGCCGUCGUCGGUGCAAGUCAGGACAAGAGCAAGUUCGGAUACAGGAUAUUGGGCUGGUACCAUGUGCACUCGUUACCUGUGACGCCAAUCAAUCCAAGUCGACUGUCAAUAUCUCUCCCGUCCAAGACAUACAUCACGGUGCCGACAGUUUCAGCGCUCCCUCAUCCGUCUCAGACAGCAUUGUCGUUCCUGACGCCGCCUGCAGUCACGAGGAAAGUGUUGGAGGAGGCGAAGACCGCCGGAGUGAAGGCUGUCUGGUUACAGCCGGGGAGCUUCGAGGACGAGGACUUGACGUAUGCGAAGCAGAACUUCGAAUCAGCUGUGGGAGGGUUUGAGGAUGGCACCGUGGGUGGCGAAGGCUGGUGUGUGUUAGUUGAUGGCGAAAAUAUGCUGAGAGCAGCAGGCAAGAAGAUUGAGAGGCAGAAGUUGUAG